AUGAAAGCUGGACAUCGUUUGAGAGACUUGCGGUAUUGGGUGCUCAACAAAGCUAAAGAAAGACCAAAAUGGUUGGGGAAAACCAUUUAUGAAACAAUGAAAAAGAAAAGUCAGGAGCCCGCAUUCCUCGAGAAAUCUGAGAAGGCAAAGAAGAACCGAAGAGGUGGUUCCCUCUCUAAUCCAGUUGAGUCGUCGCACUUUCAGGGUUCCAUCUCGGCGGCACAACAUGCUAAAAAGAUGGCAAAGAGUAGAGGAGGAGUACUCCCUACCGCCCCCGAGUUGUUCGUGAAGACUCAUUUUAAAACUGUUGCUGGAAAAGGAGAGAUUGCAGCAAACAAGAGAGCAAAACAAAUUUCGGAGACGUACAACAAGAAGCUGGAUGAUUGUAGCACUCAAGGGUCACAACCAAACCCUGAUUUGUUGUAUUGGGAGACAGUUGGUGGGAGGAACAGAGGAAAAGUGCAGGGGUUAGGUCAGGGAGAUCAUUUGUACUACAACUCUUCAUCUGGGCGAGGAGGAGUUGCUCUUCACAACCAUAUGAGCCAUCGAUUUUUUCUCAGCUAG